AUGCCUACCUUCAAGUACGACGUGCUCAAGACCCUAAAGUCAAAAAAUGAGAAGGACCUCAAGCGCCAUGUCAGCGUGCGCAAGCGACUGCUGCAUCGACACGAAGGAUCUUUGCCCGAUCUCGGAAUCUCGCCGGCUGGCGCAGGCAUUGCUGCAGCUACCAGCGAGGGAAAGGGGGGACCGGAAGAGACUUUAGGAAGCAGGAAUGGUGACUUGAGUAGCUCGCCUCAUCAUUCGCAGCGCAGUGGUGCAAGUCGCCGAAGGCAGAACCUGAGCGAUAGGAUUGCAGCUGCACUCGGCCAAAGCACUGAUACUGAGGAUGACUCGAGCUCAAUCGCAACGACCCUCGAGACAGCUUCCAUCUUGGGACUUCAGACGACUCGCUCUGCGAGCGGAAGCAUCGCUGAUAGAGAAGCGCUCGCCAACAAUACAGCCGCGGCGGCGGAGACUCCUUUGAUCUCGCGCGGCAAGGCAAUCAGAGUCAAAGGGCAGCUGAUGAAGGUCGUGCAGGCUGUCAAAGGCCACCGGUCACAAGCCGGGUCACCGCCUGCGCACAACAUCUCUCCUCUGAACAGCCCACUUGUGCCAUCAAGGCAAGGCCAAGGAUUGUCGGAAUCCUCACACAAUGCUGCUUGGCCCGCUCAAAAAGCAGGGGCGUCCGAAAAAGCCCUUGGAGCGCAUUCCUCGGAUCGCGCCCUUUCCGACAAGCCAGUUGGCUCGUCGCCACAAGAUCCCAGUGCACCUCACAGCCUUCGUACAUCAUCCUCUUUGGAAGACUGGGCUAUGAACGGAUCGGUUUCAGCCCGAGGGAGCCCGUCGCCAGCGUCAAAAGGUCGACGCGUGUCAGUGCAAUUGCCCAACGAAUUUGGAGUCGGUCAUCGACGACGCUCUAGCGCAGACGAUGCUGGCGAGAUGGUCUCGAGCCUGGAUGGUGCCACGCUCUCGGCAAUGGCGGCGAGCGGUAACAUAGCUGACGUCGAUGUGCAACGAUACGACACCUCGACGAAGCAGCGAGUACCAUCCUGGUGCGAUCGUGUGUUGUGGCGAAGCAACGUGAAGAUCGAGGCCGAGGAGGGGCACGCGGAGGAUGGCGCAGGUGACACAAGAGCGUCCCGCGUGACUACAGCACUGUCAAAGGCCGGAGCACAACUGCGUUCAGCUACUUUCCGACGCAAUACCGAUCGCGCAGAUGGCCCAAGCGUGACGUUCGCACCGCCUCCAAAGGUGCCCGUGAGAGGAACUUCCAUAGCCGGUCCAAAGCUACUUCAAGACUCACCAACCGCAACGCAAGCGCCCGCACCUAACGGUUCUAGCGAGAAGCUGGCCAGAACCCAUGGUGGAGCGGCGCACGACCAGGCUGUUCGCCGUCGAUGGUUUGGCCGGCGCCACAAGCUGAAACGCUCUCAGACGCUAGAUGCAGAGACCUCGGAUCGUGCGGGUCUGAGCACAUUGAAGGAGAUGAGCGCCAGCAAUGGCCGCGCAAACAGCGCUGUAAAUCUUCCUUCACAUUUGCGCCGCCAAAAUAGCACAGCUUCCUCUAGUCGCCCCCCAGGAUCCCCGCAAAGCACCAGACUUUUUCCACGGCGAAGCUCCAGCACUCGGACAGCACCGUCAUCAGCGGCGAUGCCUGCUGCGCAAGGCUCAUCAACGCCUGAUGGCGCAGAAGGCAAAGGAACACCACCAAUUUCCUCAGCUCGAAGUUCGCCGUUCAAUUUCGUUAGCUCUCGCAUGUCAGCGGCACGCCCUUCGAGCCCAUCGCCCCGUGGAUCCCCUGGAUUCCGACGAGAACCGCUGGAACAGGCUUCCCCAGGCAGCAAUGCUCCUACCUCUGUUGACACAGAGCUGGCGCGAGGCCUGGCCGCGCCGCCUGUGCCGACCAAGGCUGCGCUCACUGCCUCGCCUGCCGAACCGCCUCGCCGCACAUCGUGGUGGGCAGAGCGCAUCGGUGUGCACCUUCCCUCGCUACGCAGUGCCACUGGCGCACUUUUGCCCUUCUCGCUUUCGGCUGCGCUCGCACGCAGCCAAGAACCUGCCGAGCCUACUCAAGUCCUCGUCGGACCCAAGAAGGGCGAAGUGCAGUGCUUGCUCUACAAAUCACUAGAUGACCGGUAAGUUGGCAUCAUCGAGAAUUUGCUGGCAUAUGCUUUCGAUCGUCAAUGCUAAUGAACUCCUUACUAACCUUUCUUACUUUUUUUCCAGCGAAAUGCGUCAGCUUGAAGGCCGCUCCGAUCACCGACCCGUAAGUCGCCCGGCAGAUCCAGCUCUAUUUCGAGGGUGAUCCUGACGAGCUUCAUACAAAACUCUAGGUCAUCUUCGUUGCCGCUGUCGGCGUGUGA